UUCAUUCUGUCUGGCUUGACACUGGCCAAGCAUUGUAGCUUUCCGUCCUGAUGAAAAUAUCAAAGCGUGUAGUAGUGUCCUUGUAUUCUGUCACACAGCCAGGGUGUCUCAGUCAGUACCGCAGCAUCAGCAGAGCAGAGCGGCUACAGUGUCCGGCCCGGAGUGUCACUGUCCUCGGACAUCAGGAACCACAAGGUCCCACCUCUGACUGACGGAUCCCCGGCUUGUGAGGCCGGUUUCUCCUUGGAUGACCUACACGCAACCUCUCGCAGAAACAGCGGACGUCGGUUCAUUACGGCUGAACACCUGCUGGUUAGGAGGUGCAGCAGUAUUAACGCACAGCGUGCAUCAAGUCACAGCGAGUCUCGUGCAAGCUUCAGGCCGACUCUGGAGCAGCUGACCCGGCGAACAAAAUAAGACACGUUGCGAAUAUCUUGUCCCCAGCGUGGCUGCGUCAGGAGGAGCGGACAGAGGACUGGAAGUGGCAGAGUUGACAGUCAAUGCGCACCUGAUAAUUAAGAAGACCUACAGAUCUUUAAACACGAGCUCUGCAGACAUAUGCGUUCACAUGAUGUACACAAUCACCAGAGGUCCCAGCAAACUUGUUACACAGCGGAGGACAGGUCCCACACAACAAAUCGAGAGCAAAUUCAGCGAUUUGAAGCUCAAGCCGACGUCUUGGCUCUCAUCAAACUCUCCGCCCCCAAAGAUCGUGUUCAAUCGUCUGAACGGGAAACGCUACCACGGUGCAGCCACACAGAAGAACGCCUGCCCAGCAGAGGGAUUCACUCCUGCACAUGAAGAGAACGUCAGAUUUGUGCAUGAAGCAUGGCAGGAGGUGGAGCAGAAGAUGGGGGACGGGGACAGUGGGGAUUCAACUGACAGCCAGGGGCCCAUUCAGUACACUGAGAAGACUCCUGGUGCUGCAAUGAAGAACUUUGUGCCCAUAGACCUGGAGGAGUGGUGGGCUCAGCGCUUCCUUGCCAACAUUGCCAACCUGUCUUGACCGGCUGAGGCUUUGAGGCGGGACAGGAAGCACCGCGUCGGUGAUCCAUUGUGAGGACGAAGAGGAGGCGAGUGAGUCUCCAGGAUCUGCUGUGAAAGGGUCGUGCGUUAUUCUGAAUCUGAUUUGAUGCCCUUAUGCUUCACGCUGCUGUAGAGAAAACUGGGUGCACAACACAACCCCCCCGCUGAUGCAACAACAGCGACCUGACUGAACUUUGACAGCGCUGACUUGAGGUUGUGCUGCUGUGAACGACGUAUCGGAUAGAAGUUGUGAGCCAAGUGUUCUCGGCUGUAUGUACGUCUUGGCUGAUCUUUGGAUAGAAAUCGAUUGAAGAGCAAAAACAGUAAAAAUCUUUUUCAAAAA